AUGGAUCUACUCAGGAGCAUGGAGUUGUCUGCAUCCACGGGAUUGUCCUUUGCUGACUGUUCUAUGGCUUUUAGAGCAGGCACUUCUGGUGCUAGCUCGACCGGGACAGGCACAGUAAAGAAAUCCCGUAGAAGACCUCAAUCUUCAGUAAGGAGAACACAACAGAGGAGCAAUGAAGCUGCUCAAACUGAAAUAGGGCAACAACUAAGCUCGGGUCAGAAGGAGUCAAGUUGCAUUAAGAGAAAGGUGGAGGAAGUUGGAGAGGUCUCAGCCAAGUGUGUCAAGAGAGACCAAUCAAGGGUGGAUCCGUUAGAUCCGCCGACGAUCCAAUAG